GGAUCUUUGUGAGAAAGCUUUGUAUGUCAGUAUGCGUGGGGUAGUAAAGAAACAGUCUACUUUUUGUCAAGGUUGAAAUAUUUAUAUUAAGUUUUGUAAAUAUUUUACCAAGAGCUGGCAAUCAAGUCAAACACAUAAACAAAAUAAAGAAUAGAAAGCCAAGGCUCAGGCUUGAUUUUAGUGGUUUACGAAGGAGGUCCAAGCUUAUUUGUAAGUGGUUAACGAAGGAGAAUAUUUGAUAUACCGGGACAUGAGUUUAUGAACUAUCGUUCAGUGACUAAAAGCAUAUAACAUAUUUAUGAUUAUUGAUGGUGAUAAUGGAAUAUACCACUGUGAAAAGUGUCUUCUUUUCCACAUGUAUAGUUUUGUCAAGUGCUUUUCUGCCCGACGAACAAGCUCUUAUGCAAAAGAUAAUAACAGACCAACAUUAUGACAACAGUGUGAGACCAGUGUAUAAUUCAUCUAGAAAUGUAGAGGUCUCGUUUGGAUUUACUCUUAUACAGAUUAUGGAUAUGGAUGAAAAGAAUCAACUUCUUGUUUUAAAUGCAUGGCUGGAAAUGAUAUGGAUAGAUGAAAGAAUCAGCUGGAACAUCAGCGAGUAUAACGGUUUAGAAAUAGUUCGUCUGCCAGCAAAACUUCUUUGGCUACCAGAUAUAGUCCUGUAUAACAAUGCUGACGACUACACAGCGGGAUUUAUGCCAAUUAAUGCUAUGGUAGAUUAUAACGGCACUGUUUUCUGGCCACCUCCGGCAAGACUUAAAAGUUCUUGUAAAGUGGACAUCACCUACUUCCCUUUCGACCAUCAGGUGUGUGAACUGAAGUUCGGGAGUUGGUCUUAUGACAAAGCACAGGUUGAUUUAUUAACUAAAAGCGGUGUUGUUGAGGUUUCACGUUACGUAACAAAUGGAGAAUGGAUGUUAACAAAAUAUGAGAUCAUCAGAAACGAAGUCGUAUAUCCGAUAAGCCCAGCCAUAUAUCCUGACGUCACAGUGAUAUUAACAAUUCAGCGACGUAUUUUGUAUUAUGUUCUCAACAUAUUAUUUCCGUGUUUUUGGCUCAACAUUCUUAGUGUUCUGACGUUCUGUCUUCCACCCGACGCAGGGGAGAAAAUCACGCUAAGCAUCACUGUCCUGCUGUCGUACUCCGUGUUCAUGUUACUAGUAGCUGAAUCUAUGCCCCCUACAUCAGAGUUCGUUCCUUUAAUUGGUAUAUAUCUUACCGUUUCAAUGGCUGUAGCAAGUGUUUCAGUUAUACUGACUGUUGUUGUUCUCAAACUUCACCACUGCUCGCCAAAUCAGAAGAAAAUACCGAGAUGGGUUCGCCAUAUAGUGCUAGGAUAUCUGGCGAAACUGGUCAGGUGCGAAUGCAUAUCAACAAACUGUAAACUUUCGCGCAUGCGCAAAACGCCUUCAUCUGAUGCGGAAAUAGAUAUGAAGGAACUGCAAACGAAGCUGUUGAGACAAAUGGAAGCAGUCACUCAAAAGAAUGGAAACAAUUGCCUUAAUAGUGAAAGUGUUUCAAGAAACCACGUGGUGAAUUCUAACAUGAGAAACCCUUCAAUUAAUGACGUCAACACCAGUAAAAUGAAUCUUGAUUUACGUGAUUAUAGUGUUUCUAACAGAAGUUCCAUGGUGGAGGAAGAAUCCAGUGUCAAUUUAAGAAGGGAUAAAUCCAUGACAACAAUGGAGGAAAUUUUAAAAUACCUUAAGAUUUUGGUAGUGAAAAGUGACGCCGAGGACGCGGAAAAAGACGUUGAAGACGAAUGGAAGCAGGUGGCACUAGUUGUCGAUCGUCUGUUUUUCUGGACCUUUAUGCUCAUAACAAUAUUCUCGACGGUUAUCAUACUUGUCAUUGUGCCCUCAUUUAAAUAUGUUGCAGACGACGGGAUUUGAGUAACCUAGUCUAAUGAAAGUCUGCUUGUGACAAUACGGACAAGUUCGCAACUUUCCGUGUCUAAUAAAACUGAAGAUAUCAUUCGUGUGACCUUGACCAACGAAAAGUCUUGUCAAUCUACCGCUUUUAAAGUGAAUUUUAUAUUUAGUAAAAUUACAAAAUUGAUUGAAUUCUAAAGAUUAACAGUCAUUUUGAAAGCGUAAAUAACACCGUUGUCAUGGCGACAGUUUAUUCGCUUGAAUAUAUUCUAGUGGAAAAACGUAAUAAUAUUAUGCAUUUUUCAAGCCUUAAAAUUAAUAAUCAAGUUUUUGUUGUGUUUGUAAAAUAUGUCUUUGUAACCGGUGAGCAAAAAACCGGGAGUCUUUGUAUAGCUCGAUAUUGUGAGAAUGUCUUAGAACGGAAUAUAAAUCGUGGAAAAUGGUUAUCAUAGCACAUUUUGAAAGAACGUGAUAAUUUUAAAGUCAUGGUUUGAUAAAUGCUUACAAGUGUUAUAAGAAUUAAUAAAACGGGCCGUGUCC